AUGAGCGAGUGCAUGGAGAGACGUACUGUUUCCAAGUUUUUUGGCUCGCCUCUGGGCUAUGUUGGCUUUGAAAAUGGUGGCCAACUGACAGAAGCUGUACGCCACCGGCCUUACAGUGUGAUCCUCUUCAAUGAGAUUGAGAAGGCUCAUUGUGAUAUAUUGAAUGUUAUGCUUCAGGUUUUAGAUGAUGGUCGUUUAACAGACAAUAAAGGAGGAGCUGAAAAAGAAUUUCAGGCCAGAGUUGUGAACAGAAUCGAUGAAGUGAUUGUUUUCGGGUCAUUAAGUAACUCGCAGCUGAAAGAAACCGUGGAGAUCAUGCUGAAACAAGUGUCCGAAAGGCUGAGAAAAGAACAUAAUGGUUUAAGUUACAGAGAGAUUUAA